AUGAGCAGCGCUAGGAAGCCAGAAGAUAUGACAGACAAAGAGCUCAAGGAGGGCAUAGUAGCGAUGGAGGCUGAGAUUGGUGGCUGCGAAGAAGCGGAGAGAGUGCGCAAGGAGUACAUAAACAAGCUAGAAGAGUACAAUUACUUUAAGGAUAUUGGACAGAAUCGCAGAUAG